CCACUAAAGCGAUUUUCAGCGCAUGCAGGGACUCGUCCCUACGGCCACGGAUGGCAACAUGGCGACAGAGUUCCAUAACCUGCAGGAGUUGAGGCACAGCGCAUCCCUGGCCAAUAAAGUGUUCAUCCAGAGGGACUACAGCGAAGGGACCACCUGCAAGUUCCAGACCAAGUUUCCCUCUGAGCUGGAGAGCAGGAUUGAGCGGACGCUGUUCGAGGACACCGUGAAGACGCUGAACAAUUACUACGCAGAGGCAGAAAAGAUUGGAGGACAGUCGUACCUGGAGGGCUGUCUGGCCUGCGCUACAGCGUACCUCAUCUUCCUCUGCAUGGAGACGCGCUAUGAGAAGGUGUUGAAGAAGAUAGCCAAGUACAUUCAGGAGCAGAAUGAGAAGAUCUACGCUCCCAGAGGUCUGCUCAUCACAGAUCCCAUAGAAAGGGGAAUGCGUGUUAUAGAGAUUUCCAUCUAUGAGGACCGGGGCUCCAGUGGCUCCAGCUCAGGCAGCAGCUCUGUAUCCGGCAGCACUGCUCGAUGACUGGGUGCUUCCUAAAACCGCGUCCCCUACCCCGAUCACUCACAUCCCCGGAAGAGACGACGGCAAAGAUCAUGUUCCAACACUUAGCCUGUACACUCCUAAGCUACGCUCACACAAAGGAUUAACUAGCUUUUGUUUUUCUUCCAUCGCAAAUUGUUGAGGCUUUUUUUUCACAGUAAACGCUUAAAACGUGAACUUUAUUAGCUUGUUGCAAAGAAGUUUUCAAGCCCCAGGAUGCAAUAUCAGAACAAAAAGGAAAUCAAAUCACGCAGCUAGUAAUACUUUGUGUGAUCGUGCUAUUUCUUUCCUUCCUGUGGUCCUUGAAGUUUUUUAUUUUUUAUUUUUUUUAAAAAGGGAGGAUCGCUGAGAGGACCACAAACCUCAUCAAAUCUCAUACCUCAGCCGCCACAGCUGCACCACACUGGACCAACCAGGAGACUGAUUUCAUUCCCAUCAACCCUCACACCAAACCCUGGCUUUUUUAAAAUUAUCUGUCUCUCAGAGUUUUCAGAUUUUAGCAAAGGACGCACAAGUGUUUGAGUAAAGCAAAGUUUCGCCCACAUAAUCAGUACGAAGCACCUCCUCCUCCUCCUCCUCCUCCUCCUCCUCCUCUUUCACCUCAGCUGUAAAUCAUGCUGUCUGGUAGCAGAUGAAUGUCAUUCAAACCCGUCCAUGUAUAUAAUGUAGCAGAUCUUCCACAUUUCUCACUCGAAGCCUGAAUUUCACUUGUUAGUCACACACAGACACGUGCACAAAUCCAAGCACUAACCUCUUGGUGUCACUGAGCGAGACCAACUCUUCCUAAAUUUCGAUUAUGCAAAGACUUACUGUGCAAUAGAUGCAGCAGUAAGUAGAGAAAGGAUGGGUCAAAAAAAAAGAGAAGUCUUCCUGAAUCUUAAGUGUAGUGUUUUAAAAUAUACACCAACCCCUCCUUGAUUUAUGAACAAACUUCCAAAGAACAAUAACUGCCAAAAAAAUAAACCAACAACAAAAAAAAACUGGCUCACAAAUGUGAAUGUGUCUUUUUGUUUUGGUGACAU